CAAGGCCUAUUACAAAUUACCUGAGGCAACCUCUCGCACAUCACACACGGUCACGUCACGUCAAUCAGGCCCGAUUCUGGGCCGGGUUGUAUGAACGAAUUUAUUCACCCAGCCGGGUAGCCUCUGGGGCAGGGGUAGUCAAGCAUGAGCUAGCUACUUCAUCCCAGUGUGCCGAAAAAAAUCAUCAAACCCCAACGCCACGAUUCCACCGAGACCCAGCGCAGCCACUAAGGCGACGACGCCGGGAGGGGCACGGACUCCGCCCGCGCCGUUGGUGCCCGGCGCGCUAGUGGGCACCGAGACGUCGCCCGAAGGCACAGAAGGGGUGGCCGCCUGGGCGACCGUGGUCUUGGCAGCCGGCUCGCUCGCAGACGACACCGGCGUGACCUGGACCUGGCCGUCGGAGUACUGCGACGCAGGCGGGCCGUUGAUGGACGUCACCGGGGUGACCUGGACCUGGCCGUCGGAGUACUCCGACGCAGGCGGGCCGUUGACAGACGACACCGGCGUGACCUGGACCUGGCCGUCGGAGUAUUGCGACGCAGGCGGGCCGUUGACGGACGUCACCGGAGUGACCUGGACCUGGCCGUCGGAGUACUGCGAGACAGGCGGGCCGCUGGCGGUCGCCGCAGCGCUGCAAGGGGUUGUGUGGGCUUGGAUUUGGCCUGCGUUCCAUUAGGUUC